AUGUCGAUUGCCGAGCUGACUGCACGUAGGAUGGAUCGAAAGAAGGGGUCUACGUUAAGCGAGCAAGCAGGUCAUGCUAGAAAAGGUCGACGACCGACAAGUGUUGACAAAGUCGCAGCUACAGCGAGUGCCUUCAUGGAAGUCCGACGCACCGAUGAUUUGCUCUGUCGCUUGGCCGAGCAUCGUAAACCGUCGUCACCACAAAGACUACAGCGUGUCGAAACACAGCAGCCCCCGCCAUUGACACACACUAUUCCGUUCAAAUUGGUAGCACAGACUCGAGCCGAAAAGCAGCUAGUGGAUCUGUUCAUUCGGCGGUAUCAGAAUGGAGAAGACGGAGACUACCUCGCCGAGGCUUAUUACGGAGAUGGUGAACCUCUUGGAGUCACGUUUCCAGGCUACUAUUAUCGUGACGUACAGGUGUGCGCCAACUGCUACGAGUUCUAUAUGCUGGUGGAAAAAGUCCGCAUGAAAGCUUUGGAUCAAAUUGCGCGACGCGAGAAAACGAGUCCAAAUCGACGAAAUCCAGACAAACAGAGCGGCAAACGAGUACAACACCUCACAAUAGUUGAGAGUCGAGAGGAGGAAAGCGACGAAGACAACAACAACGAUGAGAAUUUGGAUAGUUUGCAACAUGUCUGGAAGCAAGUGUGGGCACAAACUGCCAGUGUGGCUGCAGCUAUAACCAAGAAGGACGCCGCGGAAUUGUACAGCUUCGUAAAUCCGCACCCGGCUGUUGCAAUGGUCAUGAGUGCACUGGGGGCGUUGCUUCUGGGAUCACGAGGUGGGGACUGGGGAGAAGUCAAACGCAUUAUAUCUCAGGAUAAACUGCUUGCUCGGUUACAUCGUGUGGAUCUGGAAUCGCUCUCGGAACGAGCUGUAAUGCAGGCUGCCGCACAUGCUCGUAACCCUCUCUUCACUCCGGCACAGAUCGCACCGAUCAGUUCAUGUGCUGCGCGGUUCUGCGAUUGGAUCCGCACUGUUCUACAGGCUUAUGCGUGGAAUCAGCGACUGCAGUUACAAGACUCGCAAACACGACGCAUGCUGUGCCUCCUUAAACCAGAGAUCUUACCACCCGGUGCUGCAAUUUCACAACUACAAGAAGCGCACAGUGAAAAAGUGACGAUGAAGAAAGCUAAGCCAACUGAUACGAGCAGCGGCGACCUUAAAUCGAAAUCACGAAGCCGAAAACAAGCUGCUCGACGUGCUAUGCAGGCGCAUCAAAUGGCUCGGCUUGCAGCACCGUCAGGACUCCAAGAUGGCGUUGUGGGAAGCACAGCUGACAGCGUAUUCACUUGUCAGGAUGGCGUCACACAGAUUCCAUACGCUGUAAUCGGGCAGCCUAUCGGCGAGACCGUGAAAUGCAACCUAGUCGUCUUUCACGACCUCUUCGACACCCUUGAAAGUACUCGCGUGUUUUUCCGGCCUAUUGUUGCUCGAAACGUGGGUGCUCAGGCACUGCUAUUCAAUUUUCCUGGACAAGCUGGUUCAUGCUAUGCUGUCGACGAUCAAGCCCGUGAAGAAGACAAGCUCGUGCUGAACAAUAUGUGGCUUGCUCGUCGAGUCCACGAGCUGCUCAAUUUCUUGCAGCACACGACUCAGUUCGUAACCACGGGUGCUCCAUUCCACAUCGUUGGCUUUGGCAACGGAGCCAACGUCGCUACAUGCUACACCGUGCUGUACGCUGUGACCAACGCCAUCACGCUUGAUGGUCGCAUUCGUUUAUGUCGUGGAGCACUUCGUCACGUGGAUCUGAGCUCGCAACUUGAAGAAAUUGACGUGCCACUUGUACUCGUUCAGUCGGUGGAAAACACUCUCGUAGCUCCUACAAACGUUGAUCCAUUUCUUCAAGGCCGUGCCAACGUACAGCACGUGUGGUCGCAUCAACAAUCACACACCAGUGACCUGCGUCCCAAGACCCGUGCGCAGUUGAGGAAGGCUCUAGCAACGCCUAGCAGUGCCUUUGUAUCGUGGCUUCGAGCUGGACAUGAGCUUCGUCAGGAAGCGAAGAGCUACGUCACUGAGGUGAUAGAGAUGCUGGUCAACUGUCAACUGGAGAUAUUGGAGAAGGAGCAGAUAGCUGUGCAGGAACCCGACGAGAAUCAAACAACAACACCAAACGAGCACGAAACAGCGACGAGAAAGGAGUUAGCGGCUCGACAAUCUAACGUAAGCCAAACCGUUCAAGCUGCUUCAUCAACAUCAGAGGUACCAAUUCAACCUUUCGACUCACCAGUUGAUAAGUCAUUCCAGCUAACCAGCAAGUCUCCGUAUGAACUUCAGUUGGAAAGGUCCGAACGUUCUUUCCAGGAGGCCUUACGCACGCGCGAAGCACAAAAAAUUGCGUACGAGAAGAAAAAGUGGCAGCAAAACGAGGUUAAGACGAUACCUCCAGAGGUGUCUGCACCAACGACUGAGGCUUUAGAGAUCUCAAUAACUCAAUCGGUUGUGCCCAUGGACAUGCUGCUACCUCCUGCUGUUCCCCCCGUAGUGCUGCAUUCGCAACAAGAACCAGAUCCUGGCAAAGAAGCUGAAACACCAGAGAAUCAGCAGCACGAGAAGAGUAACAGUGCUCAGAUGGACGACGAUAUCAAGAGCGUUCGAGCCAAAAUCCAUGCCGAAGAAGAACGGCUCGAGAAAGAAGCAGAAGAACAACGUCAAAAACAUCGCGCUGCAACUGAGGAACGCAUGACUGCUCUACGAGAUGAACAAGAGCGGAGACGGCGUGAAUGGGAACAAGAAGAUCGCGACCGAUUGGCAGCUCUGGAGGCACAAUUGCAAGCCCAACAGGCUGAACGGCUCACUGCGUCCAAGCAACGGGAUCUGGAGCAACUCGCACAGGAUGAGGCUGUCAUAGCUGCAAACAACGCAGUCUUGGAAACACCAUUGUUGACGCUAGAGCCAUCCGUCGAAAUGCCGACCUCCUUGAUGCAAUCUCCGAGUACAUUGUUGGCUCCGUCGGUGAAGGAAACACGACAGAUGAUUCGACAGCAACCAGAACUCCCGAGCAUAUUCGAUCAACUCGAGGCAGAAGAGCAAGUUCGUAAAAAGCGAGCGCAAAAGCGACGAUCCCUUGGACCUGGUUUCGAGACUGGAAGCCAUCUCACAGGUGAGCAGUACGACGAGGUGCGUUCUUCACUACAGCAAGACUUCCGCGAAGACACCCGAGCAAACGAGUCUAACAUGAAGCGUGAGUUGAGACGAAGACGUGACGCUCAAGCCACGCGAGUUCAGAAGUACAUUCGUCGGUUCUUAGCCACUUGUCGAGUUGAUCGUAUACGUCGUGAAACGCAGCAGGAGCGCGUCAAAAGCUUCGCUGGGGGAGAAAUUGUCCGCAUAGUUCGAGGCCGACUAGGCCGUCGACGCUUCCGUCGUGUGUUGGAGGAGAAGCACGAAACAGCAAGACAAUUGCAGGCUGCCACACUCAUUGAGACCGCCUUCCGGGGGUUCUUUUGUCGUGUUGCGUACCGCAUAAUGCGACGAGAAAGCAAGGCGCGAAUGCUGCAGCGGGUCUAUCGUGGACAUCUUGGUCGCAAACGUGCUCGAAGACAGCGUGAGGAACAAGAACGACGUCGCUUUCAAGACCGAAAUGCAGCUAAGCUGCAAUCUACUUGGCGCAUGUACGUCGCUCGUGGCCAAUUCCUUACUGCUCGGUUUUCAGAGCUUGCGGCACUAGAGAUCCAGAGGAUGUAUCGUGGUUUCUUGGGACGUCGGCAAGCUGCACGCAAGAAGCAGUGGCGUGAUGCACCGCCUGGAGCUGAACGACUAGCACUUGGGCUACAACUGAUUGAAGGCUCGAAGCAGGCAUUCGAACGACAGCAGAGCGAGUUAGACGCUUUGCAUCGAGCACAAGAAGCAGCCGAGCGUCAAGUGAGCGCUGUCCAUAACGAGUUACGUGAAGCUGAGAAAGAGCUGGCUGUGUUGGAACGCGAGCUGCAAGAGAUCGACCAGCUUGAUGCGGACGUACGUGAACUGACGCAUGAAGCCGAGCGUUUGCAUGCUGGUGGAGUUGAGGGUUUGCUGCGGAAUCACCGUUCAUCGUCAGCGCAUCAACCUCUUGGGAACGGCAUACCCGAAGCUUCCACUUCACUGGAUAACAGCGAUGGCGUACCGUAUGAACUUGGAGCGGAGAACGCGCUGGAGUCGAAGGAGGCACUCAAGAAGCGUCAAGCUGACGCAUAUGCCGUUGAGAUGGCGCUUACUAUCAAACGCAGUGAGCGCGAAAAGAAGAAGCGGGAUCUGGAGGCAGAAUUUGCUGGUGCUUUUGCUGAGGUACAACGCAAACGGGAGGAUCUGGCAGCACUGGAAGAGCGUCUUGCCGACAUGGAGCAGACACGUAUGCGCAAAGACCGCGAGUUUGCGCGCCUGCAACGCCAUUUGAUGGAGCUGCUGGAGGAGCAGAAACUUGAGCUCGAAAACUUGAGAGAAAAGGGCAUUGAACUCGAGACGGCGACGGCCACGUCGGCAGCAGCUGCAGCGGCUACAGCGGCUAAGGCACGAGAACACGAGGAACGAUCUCAGGCCAUGUUCGAGUCCACAGAAGAGCUCAUGAAGUUCCAGUUCAUGUCCAUGUCGUUGUCGUACUUCAGUUCGCUCAACAUGCUCAAGAACUUACGAGAUAUUAACGCUGACACCACAGCCGCUGCAAUCACGUCCACAGCAGAGACUGCCGCCACGGCUGCUUGUGCCGCUGCCGCCGCCAACAUCACGCCGGUCACUGCAGCUCUCGCCAAGAAGAAAGCAGGAGGAGAUGCCAUCAGCAAGUUGCUCACGACGGUCUCGCAGCGUAAACAACAGGAGCUUACACAGCAACAGCGUGAAGAAGAGGAAGCCCUGGCUCCAGGAAAGCAGCAGCCAUUGCCCGUGGAACUGCGUGCGUGGACAGUAGACGAUGUGGGUCGAUGGCUUGACACUUUAUCGCUGCCUCAAUACAAGGCAGCAUUUCGUGAAGGCGCAGUGGAUGGCGAGUUCCUCAUCGAGCUUCGAGCCGAGGACAUGGCCGAGAUCCUGGGCGUAACGCACAAGUUACACCUGGAUGCUGUGAACCAUGAGACCAAUGCAGCGCGUACUCGAGGACAGGAACCGGCUGGAGACGAGAGUUCGUUGGACGUGGAUACCGUGUUCUCGCAGGCACGCAAUGGACGGAUGAAGAGGCUUGUUGAAAGUCUGGAUGCUGGAUUCCCCAUUGACGGCGAAGACGACAAGGUGAAGGCGUACUGGGCGAGUACCUGA